UGAAUUCCAUGUUUAGCAGACAGAACAAAUCCAUAAACAAACACGUAAAUCACGGUCCGAUUGAAAAAUAAUGUCGAAUUUAAUUAGUUAUAAGCGAUUGAUUGAUCUUAAAUAUUUUCAACACUUAUUUUCCCCUAUAUCUUCUUUUCGAGAUUAUCAUAGUAAGCAGGGAGUUUUUGGUUUUAAACCCAAAAUUCAUAGUCAUCCAUCCAACAAUGCUGUAUUUGAUGAAAACUCUACAUUUGUUUCUCGAAAUCAGAAUCCUAACCUUUUAAGAUUAGUUGAAGCAUACCGCAGACAUGGUCAUUUAAAAGCAGCCAUUGAUCCACUUAAUUUGCAUGAAGCACAAAAUGUACCUGAACUGUGCCCAUCAUUCUAUGGAUUAUCUGAUGUUGAUCACAAUCUUAAUGGGUUCCUAAAUGGCUGGAAAACCAAUGCUUCAACUUCUGAUGUUGUGGAUCAGUUGGAAAAAUUGUAUUGUAGUUCAACAGGAAUUGAAUUUAUGCAUGUAGAGUCCAUUGAAGAAAGAGAGUGGCUAGUCAAUGAAUAUGAAGCUAUAAAUUCCCAAGAAGUUGACUCUGUAACCAAGAAGGAAAUUGCAGAAGCAAUGAUACUUUCUCAAAAUUUCGAUAACUUUGUUGGAGCUAAAUUCCCAACAGUGAAACGUUAUGGUGGUGAAGGCGCGGAGAGCUGUAUACCUUUUUACAGGGAAAUUUUCAAAUUGGCGGCAUCUUUCGAUGCACAUCAUGUGUUUAUGUGUAUGGCUCAUCGCGGACGAUUAAAUCUGCUAACGGGAAUGUUAAAUUGCCCAUACGAACUCAUGUUUAGCAAAAUGAAAGGCCGAAACGAACUUCCAGCUGGAACUAAGGGAAUCGGAGAUGUGUUGUCUCACUUAACAAGUGUCACCAAAUUAAAUUUUGAUGGGAAAACUGUAUCUGUAACCAUGCUUCCAAAUCCAUCUCAUUUAGAGGCUGCGAAUCCUUUUACCGCUGGAAGAGUUCGCGCUGAACAACAAAAAAUUCAAGAGGGUGACUAUGGUACUGGAAAUAUGGGUGAUCGUGUGGUUUGCCUGCAGGUACAUGGAGAUGCUGCCGUUUCAGGUCAAGGAGUUGUGCAAGAAACACUCGCAUUUAGUCAAGUUCCACAUUUCAAUGUCGGAGGCUCUUUACACUUAAUUGUCAACAAUCAAGUUGGAUACACCACACCUGCCGAUCGUGGUCGUUCAUCUCGUUAUUGCAGUGAUGUCGCUAAAUCUAUCGGAGUGCCGGUUAUUCAUGUAAAUGGAGGUGAUCCCGAAGCAGUUGUACGUGCCGCUCGAUUGGCAUGGAAUUAUAGGAAAACUUUCCAACGCGAUAUUUUCGUUGAUGUGCUAUGCUAUAGAAGAUGGGGUCACAAUGAAAUGGACGAGCCAACGUUCACGAACCCUGUCAUGUAUUCAGCCAUUCAUUCUCGCAGCUGCUCUAUCCCCGAAGCCUACUGUCAAAAACUCGUUGAGGAAGGAGUCAUGGAUCAAGAAGCUAACCAAAACUUGUUAACCAAUCACUCGAACCAAAUGAGUUUCGCCUUCAAAGAAGCCGAUUCAUACUACCCCUCAGCAACACCGACCUAUAGCCAAGUGGGAGAAGAACAGUCGAAAUCACUCAAGCAGACGGCAACUGGAGACGUGACGUCCUGGGACACUGGUGUAAAUCUCGAUGUUUUACGAUGGGUGGGGGCUAGAUCUGUUCACAUACCUAGUAAUUUUUCGCUCCAUCCGACCUUGAAGAGAGGUCACGUAGACGCCCGUCUCAACAAACUUUUGGCUGGAACUAACUUGGACUGGUCAACUGCUGAAUCCUUGGCGAUUGCUUCUCUGCUUUAUCAAGGAUACGACUGUCGAAUUAGUGGGCAGGAUGUUGGCCGUGGAACGUUCUCUCAGCGUCAUUGCAUGCUAGUAGACCAAAAAUCGAACGAAAUUUAUAUUCCUAUGAACGACCUUAGUACAGAUGGUACUCAGGGUCAUCUGGAGGUUGCAAACAGCAUUUUAUCGGAAGAAGCCGUAUUGGCAUUCGAAUAUGGUAAUAGCAUUGGUCGUCCGGACGCCUUGUGCAUUUGGGAGGCUCAGUUCGGAGAUUUUUUCAAUGGAGCUCAAAUUAUCAUCGAUACGUUUGUGACAUCUGGAGAAACUAAAUGGCAGCUCCAAAGUGGACUAGUGAUGAUAUUGCCCCAUGGGUUUGAUGGUGCUGGACCUGAGCAUUCUACAUGUAGAAUCGAACGUUUUUUGCAACUGACAGAUAGUCGAGAAGAUGUUGCUGACUGUGACGACAUCAAUAUGCAGGUAGUUAAUCCUACGACACCUGCCCAAAUGUUUCACUUACUUCGCCGACAACUUAUUCGUCCGUAUCGCAAACCGCUCAUCGUCGCUGGCCCAAAACUACUUCUCCGUUUCCCAGCAGCCGUUUCAUCCUUGCAAGAUCUAGCUCCUGGUACUUCAUUUAAAUCGGUCUUAGAUGACAAUUUGGAAUCUCCUGCCAAUGUCCGACGAGUAAUCUUCGUCAGUGGCAAACAUUACUACGCACUGAAUCAGCAACGCCAAGAAAAAGGGGUGAAAGACGUGGCUAUCAUUCGUUUGGAAGAACUGUGUCCCUUUCCGGCUCUUGAGGUCCAGAAACUAGUAACCAAAUAUUCAAACGCUAAAGAAUUUAUCUGGAGUCAAGAGGAGCCCCGUAAUGGAGGAGCUUGGAAUUUUGUUGAGCCCCGUUUCCGUAACGUAGUGGGUAUCAAUUUACGCUACUCCGGUCGUCCAGUAUUGGCAGCUCCUGCUGUCGGGGUUUCAGCCAUUCACAAAGUCGAAGCUGCCAAUUUAAUGAAAGAUAUUUUUUCUAGUUAAACCUGUUUUGCAUUCUCAAAGUGCAUUAUUGCUACGCUUUUUCUUUUUUAACUAAUUAUGUAAGCUUACAGUUGGUGCUUGAUAUUUUAAAAAUUUAUUUUGCGGAAGUUAACUACAUACAAUGAUAUUAAGGGGAUUAGGAAAAUAAAUAAACGUUAAUUGCUCAAUUCCAAAA